AAGAAAAGUCGCCAUCUUGACAAGUAAUUGAAGUUUCUGAAUUCUGAAGUUUCUCAUCAAAAUCCCUGUCAAAUUCUGAUAUCCGAAUCUUUUUUAUUGAAAAAAUGAAUUUAAUCUGAUGUUGAAAAUAUCAAACUGUGAUCCAAACAAGAAUACAAUAUCUCGAAACCAAUUCGUCUGUUGUUAUAGAUAAUAAUCAAUUUCCAGAGGAGGAGAAUAAUAAUGAGUUUUUUCGGAUUUGGUCAGUCAGCUGAGAUUGAAGUAUAUCUAGAUGGACAAGAGAAUCGAAAAACUGCUGAAGUCAAAACAGAGGACGGCAAAAAAGAAAGACUGUACUUGUACUAUGAUGGAGAAACAGUAUCCGGAAAGGUGAAUGUAUGCCUGAAGAAACCUGGUAGCAAACUGGAGCACCAAGGAAUAAAAAUCGAAUUCAUUGGACAGAUUGAGAUGUUCUAUGACAGAGGCAAUCAUCAUGAGUUUAUCUCUUUGGUGAAGGAACUGGCAAGACCUGGAGACAUGAUAGCUCAUUCCAGCUACCCUUUUGAGUUCAGCUGUGUGGAAAAACCUUUUGAAGUAUACACAGGUGCCAAUGUUAGGUUGAGGUAUUUCCUCAGGGUAACAGUCAUCAGAAGAUUGGCAGAUAUCAUGAAAGAGGUGGAUAUUGCUGUGCACACUCUGUCUAGUUACCCUGAGAUGAAUAAUUCUAUAAAAAUGGAAGUGGGAAUUGAAGACUGUUUACAUAUUGAGUUUGAAUAUAAUAAAUCCAAAUAUCACUUGAAAGAUGUGAUAGUUGGAAAGAUAUACUUUUUAUUAGUUAGAAUCAAGAUAAAGCAUAUGGAGAUUGCCAUAAUCAAAAGGGAAACAACUGGCUCAGGAGCUAGUACUUUCACAGAAAACACUACUAUUGCUAAAUAUGAAAUAAUGGAUGGUGCUCCAGUAAGAGGUGAGAGUAUUCCCAUUAGAGUAUUUUUGGCAGGUUAUGAAUUGACUCCCACAAUGAGAGAUAUAAACAAGAAAUUCUCUGUCAGAUACUUCUUGAAUUUAGUAUUGAUGGAUACAGAGGAUAGAAGAUAUUUCAAACAGCAGGAAAUCACAUUAUGGCGCAAAGGCGACAAAUUGCGGAAACCUAACCUCCAAGCCCCCGCCAUAAUGGCGGGCACCCAGAAUCUCCAGAACACGGCGCAGCAGUACCAACAAACCGACGACAAAGAAGACAAAGACGAGGACAAGGAGGGGGAGGAGGAGGAGGUGCAGCAGCCUGUCAAGGAGGACUUUUUGCGGGUGCAGGGCUCCCAGUCGACCGACAAGCUGGACCAAUCCGGGGAUCCGUUCGAGCAGCGGGAGGAGUCUCCCAAGGAGAGUCCAGAGAAUCAGAUUCAUAAUAUGACGAGAGAGGCGGGCGAUGGUCAAAACGAUAAUGGAAAUGAUAGUCUAGAGUGAUGCAGAUAGGUUUGAUGGCUCGAAUUGUGAUGAAACAAGAAAACGGAAUAAAUAGAGAAGAAUAUUGAAGGGCGAGAAUGUUGAAAGUAUAGCACGGAUUUUGUAAAUAAUGUAAUUGUUAUAUUAUUGCAGUUUGUAUUGAACUGUCAUUCUGUAUAUUGAGCAAAUUUAUUGAUUUACACACUAUUAUCAUUUUAUUGUAUAUUUAAUAUUUCUCAUAUAUAGCUGAAAUAAAAUGUUUGAAAAAA